AUGUCUGGAACCAUGAUGCCGAUCGCUGGGGAAGAUAAGAAACGAAUCUGUUAUUUUUUCGAUUCGGAUAUCGGAAAUUACCAUUACGGUCCCGGCCAUCCCAUGAAACCUCAUCGGAUUCGAAUGACCCACGCCCUGGUGAUGAACUAUGGGCUAUACAAGAAGAUGGAGAUCUUUAGGGCGAAACCUGCAACCCGAAAAGAAAUGGCCCAAUUUCAUACGGACGAUUAUGUAGAUUUCCUAAGCAAAGUGACCCCUGACAAUAUGGAAGAAUUCUUAAAAGAACAAGCCAAAUUCAAUUUGGGGGACGAUUGUCCUGUAUUUGAUGGCUUGUUUGAAUAUUGCUCGAUUUCUGCUGGUGGCUCGAUGGAGGGAGCUGCCAGAUUAUCAAGAGAUAAAUGUGACAUCGCCGUGAACUGGGCGGGUGGUCUUCACCACGCAAAAAAGGCUGAAGCCAACGGGUUCUGUUACGUUAAUGACAUCGUACUGGGUAUUCUCGAGCUUCUCCGGUACCAUAAACGCGUACUCUAUGUUGAUAUUGACGUGCAUCAUGGUGAUGGUGUGGAGGAGGCUUUCUACACGACCGACCGAGUGAUGACAUGUAGUUUUCACAAAUAUGGAGAAUUCUUUCCUGGCACAGGUGAAUUACGUGAUACUGGGCACGGAAAGGGCAAGCACUAUGCUGUCAAUUUCCCUCUGAGAGAUGGUAUCACCGAUGAGGCGUACAAAAACAUCUUUGAACCAGUCAUCAUGAAAAUCAUGGAGACAUAUCAACCUUCAGCCAUCGUGCUUCAAUGUGGUGGAGAUUCAUUAUCAGGAGACCGCUUAGGAAGCUUCAAUGUAUCAAUGCGAGGACAUGCCAAUUGCGUACGAUUCAUCAAAUCGUUAGGGUUGCCUUUACUCCUUCUUGGCGGAGGAGGCUACACGAUUCGUAACGUUUCUAGGACGUGGGCCUACGAAACCGGACUCGCAGCGGGACAAGAGCUUUGUCCAGAUAUUCCAAUGAAUGAAUACUAUGAAUACUUUGGCCCCACGUAUCGGCUGGAUGUACCGCCUUCCAACAUGGAAGAUAUGAACGUUGUCAAGUAUUUAGAAAAGACCAAGAUUCAGAUUUUUGAAAACUUGCGACAUACUAUUCCCGUUCCAUCAGUUGGCUUGCAAGCUAUUCCCAGGUUGGCUCAUGAUGAGAUGGAUGUCGAUGAAGAUAUGGAUGAUCCCAAUGAGCGCAAACCUCAGCGGCUACUGGACGGAUUGAUACAACGAGACGAUGAAUUUUCUGACAGUGAGGAUGAGGGUGAAGGGGGGCGACGUGAUAUUCAAUCUCACAAACGCGCACGUAGGCAAUCUCCGAAAUCGAAUGGAAAUGGGAUCCUCAACAUCCACUCUGGAAUGCAGAAUUCUUUGUCUCAAGCUCGUCAUCAAGCUGAAGUCGAUUUCAAUCGUGCGAGCUCCAGUCAAUAUUCUUCUAUAUCGGUAGACACACCAGACGCACCUAUCGUCACCCCAGCUGCCGAACAUCCCGUGGUCUCGCCAGCCCCAGACACCCCCAUUAUCGCCCCGACAUCAGAGCCAUCUGUCACCCGCCCAACACCAGACCCAUCUGUCACCCGCCCGACGCCAGACUCAUCUGUCACCCGCCCGACACCAGACCCAUCUGUCACCCGGCCAACGCCAGACCCAUCUGCUACCCGGCCAACGCCAGACCCACCUGUUACCCGACCAGCGCCAGACCCGCCAGUUACCCGGCCGACGCCAGACCCACCUGUUAUCCGGCCAACACCAGAGCCUCCUGUUGUCGCGCCAUUACCGGAGCCCUCUGUUGUCGCACCACUACCGGGCCCCCAUGUUGCGCCAGUGCCGGGCCCACUUGUUCUUCCGCCAUUACCAGACCCACCUGUUGUUGCACCAGCACCAUCAGCGCCAGCUUUGGUCGAUAUUCCGAUGCUAUCUCAAGUCGAUCAAAUGGAACUUGAGAAACUAACGUCCGAAGCUUUUGACGGACAAAGUUGA